AUGAUCGUCUGCGUCGCGGUCGUUGGUCACCAGAACAAUCCUCUGUUCAUUCAGAGUUUCACGGAAGCCGAUGAUGCUCUCAAGCUCCACCACAUCGUCCAUUGCUCGCUCGAUGUGGUCGACGAGCGAGUGAACAAUCCUAAAAAGUCUGGGCCGAUGCUCAAUGAGACGUUUCUUGGACUGCUUUAUCCUAUUGAAAAUUACAAAGUCUAUGGAUAUCUGACAAAUACGAAGGUGAAAUUUAUCUUGGUGACCACUGAUCUGGAUGUUAAAGAUGCGGAUGUAAGGAAUUUUUUUAGGAGGUUCCAUGCGGCAUAUGUAGAUGCAGUCUCAAACCCAUUCCAUGUGCCUGGCAAAAAGAUAACCUCCAGAACAUUUGCAGAAAGAGUGAGCACAAUUGUCAAGUCAUUUGGCUUCAGUUCUGCUGGGUGA